AUGAGCCACUCCGCUCUGACCUUGUCUGCAACUGCAGUCAAGGGCCAUUGCUCAAAUUCAACCCACCAUAACAUAGCUGCAGAUGCUCUAAGGUCAUACCUCAAUUCCAGUAAUCCGGUCUCGACAAGCAGGAGAUCAUACUCUUCUCAAUCUUCUCCUCAUACCAAAGAUGAGCAGAAGAACUCGAUCCGGCGAGAUGGCUGGUUCGCAUACAGUGAAAAGCAGAGAAUGGCAAAUAAAGAAUUCUUCACCAAUCUGCUGUCCUCCGCAGCUACAAAAAGAGAUGCCAAAGCUUACAUUUCCCGUCUAAAGACCCCCGAGAGACCUCAGCCUCCCUUGACACCAUCAUCUUCGUCCACUACCCAACCGCUCAGAGCCGCCAAGCCGCAGACGCAGGUCAACCUGGGUAAUCUGUUUACACGUGGACGGGCAGUUGAAUCCAGUCCUAUCUUUACCCAAGACUGGAAUGCCGAGGAACAAGCUUUGGAGGAGGAAGAGACACUACACGUUGCCUUGGUCAAGCUGAACGGAGUGAGUGUUAUGUCAGACUCACUCUUGAGUGGAAUCUCCAGGACCCUGGCUUCCUUAUCUCGUCUAAGUAUGGCACCAUGCGUUGUAUUGGAGGAAGACCAUCAAACCAAAGGCAAGGCCUACAGUGAAAAGCUUCGAACAGCUGCAGACCGCUUGGUAGCAGCCAUUGAUAAUGCAGGAGAGUUAGGAGCCAGACGAGUCGACAAUGCGCUGAGCCUUGCCGCCGAUGGCCGUCCACGAGUCUUUGUUCGAAAGCUUCUCACUCGUCCAUUGCGUAGAGGUAGGAUUCCCGUGAUCUUACCUGUCGCCUACUCUGAGGAACAACAAUGUGCCAUCAACAUCACCGCUGACCAAGCACUCUUGGCUUUGACCAGGGAGCUCUCCAGUGAGACUAUCCUGAGGCGACCAAACAAUACCCCGGAAGUACCUCCCCAGGAAUCACAGACUACCUGGAAACCUAUUUCCGUGGACAGGAUCAUCGUUGUCGACGAAACAGGCUCCAUUCCAAGUCCUAAAUCACUCGAUCAGAAACACGUCUUCGUCAAUCUCGCACAAGAAUAUUCUCCGUUACAGGAAGAACUACGCAGCUCCACAGACAUUAACGUUUCGCUGAAGCACGCUACGAAUCUGAAAAUGUUUCGUGACGCACUGCAGAUGCUACCGCAUUCAUCCUCAGGACUGUUGACUACCCCAUCCGCCGCCGCCAACACGAGCAGCAAGCAAACAGACUCACAACCCGCGGGCGUUGGCGUUGGAACUCGUCGUCAGAAGAACCCUCUGAUCCACAAUCUUCUAACCGACAAACCUGCCUACUCAUCUUCCCUUCCCAGUGGCCGCCUCAUCCACGACGCGCAAUCCUCCCCCACCACGGACUCCACAUUUGUGAAGCGAGGCAUGCCCCUAAUUCUCCUCCCGAAUCCAGACGCCCAAAUAUGGACCGCAGCUAGUACACCGCGCCUGAAACUCACAGAUCCACGCAUCGACCUCGAUCGGUUGGUCCACCUAAUCGACGACUCCUUCAACCGCACCCUCGAUGUAGAAGCCUACCUCCGCCGAGUGAACAACCGCAUUGCCGGUGUCAUCAUCGCCGGCGCCUACGAAGGCGGCGCAAUUCUAACAUGGGAGACCCCACCACACUCCAACAUUCGUGACACCGAUACAGCACGCCUGGUACCCUACCUCGACAAGUUCGCAGUACUGAAGAAAUCCCAAGGAGCCGGCGGCGUCGCAGACAUUGUGUUCAAUGCAAUGGUGCGCACGUGCUUCCCGAACGGCGUAUGUUGGCGCAGUCGUAAAGACAAUCCUGUGAACAAAUGGUAUUUUGAACGGUCGCGGGGGACGUGGAAGAUUCCUGAUACGAAUUGGACGAUGUUCUGGACGACUCCGGAUUUGUUAGCGUCCGAAAAGGAGCAAGUCUUUUCCGAUUAUGAAAGUGUUUGUCGCAACGUGCAGCCGACUUGGGCGGAUGGGAAGAAGAUCUUGGAUUAA